AUGACAGUGAAUGUGAGAUUGAUAAACAUUCAAAUGUCUAGUUUUAUCUAAAACUCAAUUACAAUCCAAUUGAAAAAAAACUUGUCUUAUAAUAUAAUUAAGUUAAAAUUGAAUUAUUUUUAAAAAGGAAGUUAGAGAGAGUGGUAUGGUUAUAAAGUUUUUGACCGGCCUAAGAAAUGGAAACUUUGUACCACCAAACGAGUCAAUUAAUACAGGAAACUUCUGUAUUGUUUCACAAAUUAGAAUUCGAACCAGAUGGGGAGAGAAUCGAGAAUGAUAUUCAGUCAAAAAUCAAUGCUAUUAGUGCAAACUGUGAAAAAUUAGAUAUUUUGGUCUUCAAAACUCCUAUUAAUCAAAGACCGAUGGCUAAAAUGAGAGUUGAUCAGCUCAAAUAUGACAAUAAACAUAUACAGGCAUCAUUGAUUAAUGCCCAGAAUAAAAGACGUAGGCGUGAGCAGGAAAAGGCAGAGAGAGAAGAGUUAGUGAGUAGAAGGUUCGGCCAUGAUCACACGGCUAUAACGGUUGAUUACUUGGCUCAGGAACAAAAUUCUUUGCAGCAUUCACAUAGAAAUGUUGACGAAAUGUUACACACAGGUUCAAAUAUUUUGGAGACAUUGAGAUAUAAUCGCGAAACACUGAAGGGUGCGCAUCGUAGGUUAAUAGACUUGGCCAAUACGCUGGGGCUCUCCAAUGCAACGAUAUCUCUAAUAGAACGAAGAGUGUCUCAGGAUAAAUACGUACUAUUUGGUGGAAUGUUCGUCACAUUGGCAGUGAUUGUACUUGUGAUCAUAUAUUUUGUAUAAUUCGUAUAAAUAUACAUAUAUAAUAAAAUACAUAUGUAACAGUAACCGUACAGCGGUUUCUAUGGCAACAUAGCGAUACAAGAAUUUGGAAGAUACAAGUAUUUAUACUGUAUGUAAGUGUUUAUGCUUUUUGAGAAGGAAAUAUUAAAAUAUACGUUUCUCUAUUAUUA